AUGGAUGAUAUUCUAGCAAAGGCAGGAAGCCAAGCAGUUACAUUUGCUAUUCGAUCGGGUGUGUCGCUGGCGACAAGCUACGCUAUUAAGAACCUAACUCGGUUCAUGGCUGGAAUCCCGCCAGAUGAUGAUUCACAGCAAUUGGAACGGAGCAAAGCACGUCUUCAAACCAAGAUCCAGGUUCUAACACCUGCAAUUGAUUUGAUUGAGCUCAUAGCCGCCCGCGGAAAUACAAUGCUUGACAGCACACUGGAACUAACUCACCAGUUGCGAGCAGAUAUAGCAGCAUUUGAUGCUCGCGUGGCUGCUCUAGCAGAUAAACAACCUGCUGGGGCAUUAAAAGCGGUACAGCGAGAUGUGGACGAUCUUCUUGCACGAAUUGAUGAGGCUGUACCUCUUGUUUCAUUAGCGCUAACAACCUCUGGUGCAAAUCUUUCAGCACGAAUGCCUGCUGGAGUGUCUCCUGGCAGGUUUCUUGCUGCCGGGCGGUAUCUUGGAGAUGCCGAUGCCAGAUAUGACGAGCUUGUGGAGGAACUUGAAGAAAAAGAAGACGAGAAAAUGCCACUACGUGUGCAAGUGGGUCCUGUAUUUACGGCAACCAUGUACAGUGUUUUUCAAGCUCAAGGUCGGCGGGUAUCUUGGAAAGAGGAGUACAGGCGGUGCAGAGUGCGUAUCUAUCGAGUUAACAAGUAUGGUGCACAAGAGUUGGGUGUGGAUCAAGAGAAUCAGGGGGGAGCCCCUGGAAUAGGGAUACCUAAGGAUCAACAGCCGCAGCUUCAAAAUGGAUAUCGGUACAUGCUUUCUAUUGAAGAAAGUUUUAAGGAUGGACGGUAUCAUGACCGGAAUGAAGAAGCACGUGGCCGGCGGGUGCUAAAUGUUGCCAGUGUACAGCGGUUAUUUUUUAGCGCAAGUGGAAGACUGUUGCAGAUUGAAGAAGCGCGAACUCCUGUACUUGUGCUUAAGGUUGGGGGCCGGGAAAAGGGGAGUAAGAUAGAAUGGUUUGCAUUUGAGCAGUACUACGAGGAGGAAGAUGGAGAGGAUGAGGAAAAUAAAAAUGAAAAGGAAGAAUAUGAUGAAGAUGAUGAAGAUGCAACGGCUUCGUCUAGUUCAGAAGAGGAAGAAGAGGGAGGGACACCAGCGAGUGCAGCGUUGACUACAGAGAUGAAAUCGUUACGGAUUUCGUCAGGCCCCAAGAGUGCACCUGCGGAGAUGGAAACUCGGCGAUCUAGACGAAGCAUUUUUGGGCGGGUUUCAAGUGUGCAGAUUGAGCGGCGAAAAGAGCAAGCGGCUGUAGAGCGAGAGCGGCGUGCGCGGGCGUCAUUGAGUUUACUAGAGUACCUGUUGCGGCUAGGGGCGUUACAAGCAAAUGAUCAGAUGAGUGUUUUGGAGGUACGGGACGAGCGGCUUGCGCAGUACCUAGUCGACGAGAAUGGUGGGGAGAAGGAGAAGCAAAGGGAGAAAAAGAACAAAGAGAAGAAGAAGAAGAAGAAGAAUGGGGAAGAUACCAGGGAAGAUACCAGGGAAGAUACUAGGGAAAAUACCAGGGAAGAUUCUAUAGAAGAUGAAGAGAAGAAGAUUAAAGAGGGGACAGAAAGGGAAGAGUCCGAGUCGGAUGAAGAAAGAAGUGAUGGCCGAGAAUGA